GCAACCUCCCAGGUGAAAUCCAGUGCAGAGGACACAACACACAAACAGACCGAUUGAGGAAAGAUAGCAUAGAGAGUUGUUCUGCCAUAUCCUAUAGCGAAUUCACAUUUUGUCCAAUCAAGAGGUUACGUCUUCACUAUGACCCAUGUGAACAGUGAUUCACCAGCAGCCAAAGGAAAAGCAACCUCUCAGGUGAAAUCCAGUGCAGAGGACUUCGGUGGGGACCUGACUGAGUUCACUUCCAAAUUCAUUUCUGCCGAGGAUCUGGAACGCAUGCAUCGUUCUUCAGAACCUCACAGACUUUUCACCCUUAGCUCACCAAGGCUUAAUUUGGACAUCAGGGCUGAGACUCUGAAGGUUAUGCGGGAUGCUGCAACAGGCCAAGAACAGGCUUUGAAGGUGGCCAUAGAAAGCAUGAGGAGAGAGAUGAAGCAAGUGAUGAGGAGCAGACAGGGGGAAAGAGAGAGGAAGUUAGCAGUCCUGCUGGAGGGUAGAGAGACGCGGGUCAUGGAAGUGGAGAAAUGGAGAAACGAGGGAAAAAAACAUCUCUCCCAUCAAAAAAGGGAAGAAGGAGAGUGUUUAAUGCUCAAAGACGCUAUUGCUCAGCUACCCAGGGUAAUACAUUGCCUGGACCGCAUGAGAAUGGUGGAGCUUGAGGAGUGGGUGAAGAAAGAGGAAGAAGAGGACAGCUUGGAGUGGGCAACGUGGAGGGAGCAAGUUUUACACUUGGACACCAUCACCAGGCAGCAGAGCAGAGACGCAGUGGCCAGAGUCGCUCAGCUCUGGAAUACAGCAGAAAAUGGAGGACGCCAGAACAUUAGUGCUGCAACACUGGCUCUGCCAUCCAAGCUCCCUCCUCUGCCAUCACAACUCCCUCCUCUGCUGUCCAAGCUCCCUCAUCUGCCAUCACAGCUCCCUCCUCUGCCAUCACAACUCCCUCCUCUGCUGUCCAAGCUCCCUCAUCUGCCAUCACAACUCCCUCCUCUGCUGUCCAAGCUCCCUCCUCUGCCAUCACAACUCCCUCCUCUGCUGUCCAAGCUCCCUCAUCUGCCAUCACAGCUCCCUCCUCUGCCAUCACAACUCCCUCCUCUACCAUCCAAGCUCCCUCCUCUGCCAUCACAACUCCCUUCUCUGCUGUCCAAGCUCCCUCAUCUGCCAUCACAACUCCCUCCUCUGCCAUCAAAACUAGCUCCUCUGCCAUCACAACUCCCUCCUCUGCCAUCAAAACUAGCUCCUCUGCCAUCAAAACUAGCUCCUCUGCCAUCCAAGCUCCCUCCUCUGCCAUCAAAACUAGCUCCUCUGCCAGCCAAGCUCCCCCAUUUGAAUCCACCCCUUCUGAGAGCAUUCUGCAACCCAGUUGCCCCUCUGCCUCCCAUCCAGUGCAGGAGAAAACAAGAGGACCUAGACCUAGAGAGUGUUUCAGAACAUUCCACACAGAGUGCUGUGGCAGAGCAUUUGAUGGUGAAUCUGGAUGCUGAUGGUCAAAGUCCAGAGGCUACCAGCACAUUGUCCUCUGAGUCCCUAGCAGCAGGUGACAGCGUGGUAGACCAGGAGAGGAAAAAGACGAGAAGCAUUAAAGAGAGGUUUUUUCAGUUCAUCAGGAAACUGAACUGCUGCAGUGCCAAAGAGGACUAGAAAGUCCCAUCAACCCACUUUGAUCAUUUGUAUUAGUUUAAUUUUCCUAGCCACCAUAAAUAAAUCAUAAUUGAAAUCCA